AUGGCCGAGCACGCGUGCCCGAAUGGCUCCUCGCCGAGCUCUACAUCGCUCAAACUGCCAGACGGCCAAAUGGCCCAGUUCGACUCUGAAGACGAAGAGUAUAUUCCUAGCCGCACCGGAAGCUAUACUCAGCUGAACAAUGCACCAGCCGUGCCUGGGAGCCCGAUUGACGCGGCUGUACAGCAGUUGAUGCUACUCAAUACGAAUGCAGUCCCCGGCAUUGGUAACGGCACUUAUACAGACGCCGACCCCCAGGUCUUGGCCGAGUUGAGUCCCGUAUUCACGAACAUCCGGAAGGUCCUCGAACUCCGGCGCAAGUACAUACAACUGUCGUUGCAGGGCCCCAAUGACAACCCAAAGGACAAGCCCGAUUGGAACAUCUACCCCCCUCCACCAGAGCCGGCCUGGACCGAGGCCACCCGGGAAACGGCUGGCCAAAGCAGCGCAAGCAACAGCCUGCAAAACAGUAUGGUUUUGAACACCGACAGGCAGCGCUCUGGUGACCACUCUUUUGAUCAGACCGCUGGUGCGCCGCUUCACAAGCCCAACGCAAAACGACGGAAGGCAGGCCAGGAUAUCGGAGAGGAUUUUGACAUUGAGGAUUUGCUGCCUGUGCCAGGCCCAAGUGAUAUGACUUUCCGCCUAGACGACAAUGGUGUCUACCAGGUCUACGAGAACGCAGAGUCGGAGAAGGCGGACACCCCCGUCGUCAGAGUGCCCACCAUCAGGGAGUACUACCUGGACCUUGAGGAGAUACUGAAUGCGUCAUCCGACGGGCCAAGCAAGAGCUUCGCAUUCCGGCGCCUCCAGUAUCUGGAGGGCAGGUUCAACCUCUAUGUCCUCCUAAACGAGCACCUAGAGACAGCAGACAGCAAGAAGGUUCCUCACCGAGACUUUUACAACGUUCGCAAGGUUGAUACCCACGUCCACCAUUCCGCUUGCAUGAACCAGAAGCAUCUGCUGCGUUUCAUCAAAAGCAAGAUGAAGAAGUUUCCCGAUGAGAUCGUCUUAUACCGCGAUGGCAAGCACCUGACUCUAGCCGAGGUGUUUGACAGCCUCAAUCUUACGGCGUACGAUCUCAGCAUCGAUACGCUAGACAUGCAUGCGCACAAGGACUCGUUCCACCGCUUUGACAAGUUCAACUUGAAGUACAAUCCGAUCGGCGAGUCGCGCCUGCGGACCAUCUUUCUCAAGACGGACAACUUCAUCAAAGGCCGCUACUUGGCCGAGAUUACCAAGGAGGUGAUUGCAGAUCUCGAGUCGAGCAAGUAUCAGAUGGUUGAGUGGCGCAUCUCCAUCUACGGCAAGUCCCUAGACGAGUGGGAUAAGCUUGCGGCAUGGGUUAUCGACAACAAGCUCUUCUCGCACAACGUCCGGUGGCUGAUUCAGAUCCCUCGCCUGUAUGAUGUGUACAAGUCGAGCAACCUGAUGAGCUCGUUUGAGCAGAUCAUCAAGAACCUCUUCCAGCCGCUCUUCGAGGUUACAAAAGACCCUUCCAGCCACCCUAAACUGCACAUCUUCCUGCAGCGUGUCGUGGGUCUCGACAGCGUAGACGAUGAGAGCAAGGUUGAGCGGAGACUGUUCAAGAAAUUCCCGGUGCCCAAGGACUGGGAUUCGUUACAAAACCCGCCCUAUACGUACUGGAUCUACCACCUCAUGGCCAACAUGUCCUCGCUCAACUACUGGCGGAAGCAGCGCGGCUUCAACACGUUUGUGCUCCGGCCGCACUGCGGAGAGGCUGGCGACCCGGAGCACCUUGCCGUCGCGGCCAUGUGCUGCCAUAGCAUCAGCCACGGAUUGCUGCUCCGCAAGGUGCCCCUGUUGCAGUACAUCUUUUACCUCGAACAGAUCGGCAUCGCCAUGUCGCCGCUCAGCAACAACGCGCUGUUCCUGGCGUACGAGCGAAACCCGUUCCACCAGUACUUCAAGCGCGGCCUCAACGUGUCGCUCUCGACCGACGAUCCCCUCCAGUUUGCCUUCACUAAGGAGCCGCUGAUCGAGGAGUACGCGGUCGCUGCUCAGAUCUACAAGCUCAGCUCUGUCGACAUGUGCGAGUUGGCCAAGAACUCGGUCAAGCAGAGUGGCUAUGAACAUUCCAUCAAGCAGCAGUGGCUGGGUCAGAAUUUCGAUCUGCCCGGGGCAAGGGGCAAUACAAUGGUGAAAACAAACGUUCCGGAUCGACGAGAGGAUUUCCGCUACCACACGCUGGUGGAGGAGCGGAAGAUGUGA